AUGUGGAAUAUGUCACGGCAUUCGGGAUCAAUGACGAAUCAGGCGGCUUAUAUCGAGAUUCAGAGCAGAAUUUGGAAGCUUCUCUGCAUGAGGACGUAUUUUGGUGGCGGCAAGGUGAAGAAAGACUCUUCAGCCAUCACUUACACGAACAGAACAGGGGGGAGAGACUGUCUCAUCCGACGCUUCCUUGACGUAAUGCUGCCCGCUGCUGUGGAGGAUAUACGGAAAGGAGAUCAGCACACAAUGACUCACCGGACCAGAAUCUCCGUAUGGAUAAUGACAUGGACUCUCCAUAUCAAGGUAUACGCCCGAACAAAGGCCAGCGUGGAUGAACGGGACACUGUCAUUUCCAGGCCCAGCAGGAUGUCAUUUGGGUAUGUGCCUCUGAACGAUAUCGCCAGCAACCAUGUUAUGCCGUGUCAGUCUAUGUACGUACUUAGCUGGCAAGUAUGA